CACCAACACUACAAUAAUUCCAGUCAGUGGCGCAGUCUACGCAGUGCGCGCGCGUCAGUGUGUCCCCUACCUACCUGUACCUGUGACAGUGAAUACGCCAUCAUGAACAAACACAUCGCAAUCGCGUUAGUGGUGGUGUGCUAUGCGGCGCUGACGUCGGCGCAGUUCGGCCACCUUGGCCUCGGUUACAAUGACGCGUACUUCGGCUCCAACUUUGGCGGUCUACAGUCCCUAUCGGGGGCUGUGAGAGACCCCAGAGCGAAUACAGGUCCCGUUGUGUUCCCCCCCUCUCCCCCCGGGGACCCGUCCCAGACUAGCGGAGUGGUGGUGGGGGCUUCGGGCUACGGCUUCCAACCGCCCGGCGCCCAUCAAGCUGCCGGAUCGCCGCGGUACUUCUACAGAGGCUUCUUUCUAAGAUAAGAGACGCAGCCAUAUCUACGUUAUUUAGGAAAUAAAUUAUAACUAUAGUACAGUCAGGUACAUUAGUACAAAUACUAUGUAAAUAAUAUUUAAAAUCUGUGAUAUGUGUGAAGUGCUAAUGUGCAGUAUAGUUAUUAAUUUGACAAAUCACCACUCUACACCUUCCACUAUAUUUUAAUGUUAAUUUAAAUUAAUAUCUAUUGUUUAAUACGAAUACAUACGAAUACA